UACUGUUAACACCGCGGCUGCUACUGUGACCGACUGUUAUACUGAGAUCUGUUCUGCUUGUCUUCCGUUGACGCAAGUUGAAUUUUGGCGCCAAUUUUUGUAUCGGUCCGGCGUUGUCCGCCAUCUUGAGGCCAUGUUUUGCUUUUUCUAGGCCUCGCCUUGGCGAAAUUUCUCGCUCGUUUUUCACAUGAGCUUUGCGUUGCGCACUUCGUCCAACGUGUGGUGAGUUUUCCGGAGUCUCGUCAGAGCCUAUGGCAUGUCUGUGACGUAAAUCGGUUUCAUUAACAAGCGUCAGUGGACUAUUAAAAACUAGCGGGGUUCGGUCCAACAUCGUCGGUGUAGUUCAUAUAUCUGCGGGCUGCUGCGGGUUUCUGCCGCUGCAGCGAAUCCAUCUACCGGGUUCUACUGCACAAGUUCGACUUAACCUAGAAGAUCCACUAGAGAGUAAGCAAGCAAGCAAACAUAUCUCCCCACUGUAUUAUUAUUAUUAUUAUUAUUAUCAUAGUCGUGCACGUAUGUGAGUGGCGUCGAAGUUGCGGCGCGUGCGGCGACCCGUGGCGUUAACUUACUAUUUAGUGUGUGACUGCGAAUAACUGACGAAUCAACGUAACAGCGGCUGUUUCUGUGUAUUGCCUCAACGCUGCCGUUUUUGCCGGUGUAGGUUAGCGUGCUAGUGAGCCUGCCACACCGUGUUCAACGAGUAUGUGCUGAUGUAAACGGAACCUUUCUGAUGGUGCCUGGAAGGUAUUGUUAAGCUUCUCAGUUGUCAUUAAAUCGAGUCGUCGUUUUCGUCGCGCCCAUCUCGAGAGCAAAAGGAAAUCAAAGCUACAUCAAAUGGAUAGCCUACCGUGCGUGCUUCGUGCUGCAUGGAGCGCAUGCCAAUAAUGCGAAAACAGGCACAGAUUCUAAUAGCACCGGCUCUGUGCACGUGAGAGCCAGAAAAGUUCAUGACGAGAGUUCGAGUGAAAGGGAAAGCAAACAACACCGUAUUUGUAUAUCAUCAUAUGUAAAACAAGAAUAUAUAAUUCUCACCGUACAGUUGUGCAACAUAGAGUGCACGUCUCGACCUCGACUGGCGUGUAUAGCUGUUCUGCUACGUUGGUAGUAAUUAGUUGUAGGGUGCUGCUAUUGCGCCUCGAUCAGUUUUUACAUGUGUUUAGUUUACUUCGUUUAUAAUAUCUAAUAGAUGUCCCGUAACUAAGUUGCUAUUGUGUACGUUGUCGACGAAGUCUGACUUUAGUAGGUUUGAAAAUUCAGGUGCCUCGGGCACAUGUCUGGCUCUUGUAGUCGCGUCUUUCAUGAUAUCAUAAGCAGUACCAACGUUUUGAACCAGUUGGCUCUUGUCAUCACAUCUUUCAUGAUAUCAUAAGCAGUACCAACGUUUUGAACCAGUUGGCAGUAAAAAAAAAACGGGUGCCAAACAUUUACCGUUCAUCUGUGCUGUGCUAAGAAAUAAGAAAAUGCGCUAGUAAAAUUAGUGUCGCAUUAUUUAACUUCCAUCAAACGAAAAUCAGCUGGAUGAAUGUAAAAUUACGUUGAUAUUGACGAUUAGUGCAGCUGUGCGUGUAUUUCCUUGCAAUACUCGUAAAUAUACCGGCGUUCCGUUGUUUUAAAUUUUCUGUUCUGUAUUCGUACAUGGGCAUGCGAUGUGACAUGUGUGUGUCUUUGUGUAACACUAAUGAGAAAGCCCGUGUUUUGCCCUGUGCGGCUGAUGGUCGUGGACUUGCCGAAACACUAUUUUCGAAAAAAGGCGUCAUCUAGCUUUGCGUCGACGUGUCUAUCAUAGCAUCAUUCGUCUUGUUCGAUUACUAGUACAAAAAGAGCUUUAUCAACGAGCUUGAGAAAUAAAUUUGUAGAAAAUCUCAGAUUAGUUGCACGGCGUGCGCCAUUACUAAUGUUUGUGGUAACUAUCUGAUUGUACUGACGGGACUGUUUCAGUCUGCUGUUGACGAUCGCAUAAUCGCAGUUUGUUGUUCUAGAUCGGACCUGUUUUUUUUUUCAAUAUGUUCUUUUGCCAAAGUCUGCCCCAUAACGCUCCCGUUACUUCUCUGCCUAGUCACCAGUCUUUAGUUUGUUUGAUGUACUGCUUAUCUAACGGCUUGCGAAAUUGCGGAUUCUGUUCUGGCUAUUUCACACUCGUUGUUAUUUGAUUGAAAUUCCAUCGUUUUUACCUGAUUUCUAUAGUGUGUGAUUCGUAGUCGUGUUAACGGGAUUGUCGUUCACGUUGUUCCGGUUACUCAUGUUUGCCUGUGCUUGUUUAUCAACGGGGCAAGUAGGUGCGUCUUACACCAAGAACAAACGGUGUCUUUGAUUGAUGAUCCUUCUUAAACGAUUGGCCGGUCGAAUUGCAUUGAGAUACCUUUUCAUUAAAUAGUUCAAUCGUUACAGAACAGUGCCAUAACCAACAUUUCCAAGUUGUGCAAUAUUCUUCUAAAAAAGGAAACACUUACUCCAUAAGUCGGCUCAAUCGCCGCUUUAAUAAAAAGGCUGACGUAAGCUACGACAUCGGCUCAAAAUCCUGAUAUGUUUAUCAGCGAUCAGAGCGCGGAUAUUGUGCCGUGGUGCCUAUUAAUACGGUUCAUGCUACCCUCGCUACUGGCCAUAAUCGAUCAUCUUUUUCCGAUUUGUCAACCCUCCAGAGGGAGCGAUCCGACUGAAAGUCUAUCCGCUGAAGUAAUGAUAUUAUCCUUUACUUGUUGUUGUUGUCAUUGUAAUAGUAUGUUCCUGUUCCUAUAGGUAGAUAUUAGACAUAUGAAUAAAUAUGCGAAGUGCAGGGAAAAAAACCAUGUGAAGGCGUGAUUUACCAACUUACCCCUAGUAAUUAAGAAACAAGAUGGCUUUUCUAACUACUUAGUUCCCAUUGUGAGCAGUGUUACGCUAUUACGUAAAUCUAGCUGGUUAGCGGCCAUAAAGAUCAGUAUGGUCGUAAGCAAUGACAAAGCAGCAGUCAUUAGAUGAACCACUGCCAUUAGACAUCUACGACUGUUGCGUAGGACAUGCAUUGCGUGGGCGGAACUUCUGUCGCUGUCUUUCAAAAUUGUCAUCGACAAAAUCGCAUGAUUCUUACGUUGCUUUAAUCUUUGUUCGCCCCGCUACUUUAGUGCCUAUUGUUGAUAUUCCUGGAAGGCAUUAACGAAAAAUACGGUGGGUUAUUUUCGAGAAGCUUCGCCAAGCCAAGGAUUAUCUUUAAUCACGUAUAAAUUAAUCGCCGUGUAUAACACAUACACGUAACGGAACGCAUUUGUUGAAGCUUUCUUUUAUACAUUGUUUGUCUACCAUAACGACUAAUGAAGAAAUUAAUAUAUAAAGUAUCAUUCAUUACGUCUUCGCCUCAGAUGGGGUUUGAAUGACGCCUUUUAGGUACGAGUAAAAGAAGGGUGAUGAGAAGACAACAAACUAGAAAUAUUAUUACCCGGGAGGAUUAAGGAUAAUACCCGUCAUAUUUCGUAUAUCAAGUACUAUCCUUACCAUAUAUUGUGCCCAGUUCACUUUGGCCAUCAUUACUACUACAACCAAUAAAUGCCCCUUCGUUGCUACUACAGGUACCUGUGUAGCAUCGUGCUCGACUCAAGAGUCCGCGGGGCUACUGCCGCUUCCGUUGCCAGCGGGUACAAAUAACGCGACCUGACUGGUACUUCUGCCCUAUCUAGACAGCUACCCCCAUAACACCGAGGUACGAUGAGGGGUUGUGAUGAUAGUUCGGUUUAAGUGAUUCAUGUUGAGUAUUUGAUAUAUGAUUAUUUGCUGUAUAUAUAGGUAUAACUGCAUAUACCUCGUUGUGCGUGAUAGAGAUUUUAUAAUAGAAACAGGACCGAGGGGUGAAAAGGUGAGAUCAGAGUGCAUGGACAGUCGCUUGUGAGUAAUAAAAACUUUUUACUUUUAUAUAACGUCGGCGUCUGUCGAUAUGUACGCAUUUUGUUGGGUAAAUCUAUUGCUUGUUAGUGUAUGUUUUUUACUGUGUGUUUGAAAAUUUCGUUUAGUGGUGCUCACUAUAGAAGUGCUGGUUAGUUUCUCAUAUGACUAGAAACUGUUUAAUAUGCGAACUUCGAUGAUGACGGCUGUUACUAUUGUAGAUGACCUAUAGAAGGGACAGUGUAAUUUAUGGGACAAGAAACGUUCGUAUAUGCUUCCACUUCCAAGGCUGUUCGAGCUGGGUGUAAGCAUUUACUGUAUAAGUUUAUUAAACAAUUAGUGUGCCUUAGAAAGCGGAACAAAGUUUCACUUAAGGCAAUUAAGUCAAAAUAGAAAGACUCAUAAAACUCUCGUAUUGACAUGAUUUCAUAAUGAAGGCAGCUUUUGCAGUGUUCGAGACAGUUACUACUAUAGAUAAAAGUAUAGCUAGGUAUAAAUUUUUGACCUCCAAAUUAUCUGUAUCUUUCCAAAGGUGCGUUUUGAACGUCCACACACGUAUCUCUUUACCUGCGUAUAUUUACUUAUGAUGUAUCGCCCACUUACCAGGGUGUGAUAGGUCGACGAAACAUCGUUAAUGCUUCUAGCGAUUCGGCGGCAAACGAGCGACUGAUGUUUUCGUAACAACUUAACACAAUAUGUCCAAGUUUUAGCACGAUAAUCAGCAGCCUUCGACAAAAUAGCAACCCCAGCUAGUAGCAAACCAAUUUUCUGUGAAUUAGCAAUGGGGCAUGAACCCGGGCGAUGGGAACACAUAAAGGCUCAUAUGCCGGUUGUUAGCUUUUGGUUGAACAUAAUCAAGCUGCACCUGAGAGAAAGAUAACAGAAUUUGUUUCGGCAUCAUGGUACCAUUUCGAUGUUAUCAGCUAUAAUAUAACAUGGCAUAUGCUUAUGAUUGAGUGCAUAUACUAAUUGCCUAUAAUACAUAAAGCCAAAAAAUAUAUAAGUGUAAAACCGUUUAGCACAGACUUCGUACCAAACUUUCCAUUUUGUUUGUACGUAUUGUAUUAUAUAGUAUGUGAUUUGAUACGAAAUAAGAAAUCGCAACAAAUAGUAGCUAUUUACAAUAAUGAUGAUGACUUGCCAAGCCGUUUUUCGAGAAACUAUGUAAUCGCCUUUACUCUUUUUCUCAUUCGUUUAUUCACAGAGGAGGUGGAGUUCGCUUGGUUUCAGCCGCAGCCACUCCAAAACUACCCCUAAACUGCGAAGCGCAGUCGGAGGCGUGCCGUAUACCUACAGACAAAAGUGUGGUUUCAGUAGUAGUAGUAGUCGUAAUAGUAAUUAGUAGUAGUAAUAGUAGCAACGGUAGUAGUAGUAGUAGUAGUAGUGGCAUAGUUCAGUGGUAACACAAAACGUUCACGAAGUUUCCUCACCGUUUCUGCAUUGCACCUGAAACUUCAGCAUAGUGUUUUUAUCAACAGCCUCCAUACUCGUCGCCAUCGAAAAUAGGCAGCGGCCAAUUAUAGUUCCAUCUGUUACAGACCCCUUUACCAGUGUUACCAUUCAAUCCACCGCUGACGUCGACGACACCUGCAGCGACUAUCCCUGCCACUCCUUCAGUCGGAGCCUCAAACAGCGCCGGCUGAACUGUUGACAGACAAGAGUUUAGUCUUAUUGGCGGAAUUAGUGGUAACGAUCAUCGGGGGGGUCCGACGGCGGCAAACGCCGGCGUGACAAUGGCGGGGCUAGGGGGACAAAAUAUCGCGCCUAGCAGCAAAUCGCGCGUAUAUGCUGACGUCAACUCGCACCGACCACGUGAAUACUGGGACUAUGAAACGCACACGAUCUCGUGGGGUAACCAGGACGACUACCAGCUAGUGCGAAAACUCGGCCGCGGAAAAUAUUCUGAAGUAUUCGAGGCUAUCAACGUCACAAACAAUGAGCGGUGUGUUGUUAAAAUACUUAAACCGGUUAAAAAGAAAAAGAUCAAACGUGAAAUUAAGAUUCUUGAAAAUCUCCGCGGGGGACCAAAUAUCAUUACCCUGCAGGGCGUCGUAAAGGAUCCGAUAUCACGAACGCCAGCGUUCAUCUUUGAACAUGUCAAUAAUACAGAUUUUAAACAACUUUAUCAGACGCUGACAGAUUUUGACAUUCGCUAUUAUCUAUAUGAACUGCUCAAGGCCCUCGAUUUCUCCCAUUCGAUGGGAAUAAUGCAUCGAGACGUGAAGCCACACAAUGUGAUGAUUGAUCACGAGGAGCGCAAGCUGCGAUUGAUUGAUUGGGGUCUCGCUGAAUUCUACCAUCCAGGCCAGGAAUAUAACGUCCGAGUUGCGUCACGCUACUUUAAAGGUCCCGAGCUUCUCGUUGAUUAUCAGAUGUAUGAUUAUUCGCUUGACAUGUGGUCACUGGGAUGCAUGCUUGCGUCGAUGAUCUUUCGGAAGGAGCCAUUCUUUCAUGGACAUGACAAUUACGACCAGCUAGUACGAAUUGCUAAGGUACUAGGCACCGAGGAACUGUUUGAAUACACUGAGAAAUACUGCAUCAUCCUUGACGCACGGUUCAACGACAUCCUCGGCAGGCAUUCGCGAAAGCGGUGGGAGAGAUUUGUGCAUUCGGAUAACCAACAUCUUGUCAGCCCAGAAGCUCUAGACUUCCUUGACAAAUUGCUCCGAUAUGAUCAUGCAGAAAGAUUAACAGCAAAAGAAGCCAUGGAGCAUCCAUAUUUCUAUCCUGUAGUAAACCGCGCCAAAGAAAUUGGCGGUGCCAGUACAACAAUGCCUGGUGCCACACCGUCUUCGCCAGGUACCGCGUCACCAAAUUCGCAGCAAAGUGGACAACCGCCGACAUCCGCAUCCGCCAGUGGACAAAAUAGCCAAGGUAACAACAGCCAAGCCAGUUAGACACAGCCAGCCCCAGACGGCCACGACAACCAAAAGGAUAACCACUAUAACCCACCAUUAAAUCAAGUUCACCACCCAUCGGCCACUUCUUCAACGCUCGCUCGCCCUCUGUGUCAAUCAUUUGCGGCAACAGACACCUUGGCAACAACUAGCGCACUCCCUGUGAUGACGGUGACACGAUGACAGCACCAACCCGACCCAUCCUGCUGCUGCUGCUGCCUCCGAAGCCAAUGCCACUGCCUGCUGUUCAAUACUUCGGUAACAGGUGAACAUGGCACGCAGAGUGGCAAGGCAACGGGAAAAUCACGAAUCGUGUGCAUGUGCGUGUGUGUGUGCGCGUGUGAGAGAAAAAGAUAGAAACACAUUGAAGGGGAGCUCGACAGGACUGGGGUAUUUGUGGGGUAUUUGUCUUAAUUCCGCUGGCUCGGCUCCAUUCAUCAGUCCCCUGAACUGAAGUGAAAAAGCUCAGAAACGUUACCAGUCACCCGUUGUACCUGCAGUCUUCCACUGUUCUUACAAAACUUGUAGUAGCGACGAUAGAAUUAGUAACAGUAGCGUAGCGUUAAAGCUGUAGUAAUCGUAGUUGCAGUUGCCGUUGUUGUCUCUGUCGAUGGUCAAAUUUGACAGUACGUUAGCCUCUUUUCCGAGUGCUUUGUUGUGAUGUAGCCAAAACCAACAAACAAGAGGGAAUUUUUAGCGGCAGCAGCGCGUAGUCAACUCACACCGAGAGUAAUAAACAUAAACAAUUGGGCAAUAGCAGGUUGCCGCCGUUGUAUAUGCCGAAUCAUAAAAACCGUUUUACAAUACAAACAUAUUUACUCACAUAAAGAAGACAAUGCAAUUUACAUGUUAAGUAAGGCUGCCCUGAUGGAGACAUUGAGGAAUCCAGGAAGCAAAAAAACUAUUUUUCUGUUUUUACGAGGCCAUAAGGCUAUAAUGGCACAAAUCGAUUAUAUCAAUCAAAUUAAAAGGAGAGGGAGAAAGAAAGAGAGAGAGAGAGAGAGAGCAAGAGAGAGAGAAAGAGAGAGAAAGAGAGAGAGAGAGACUAUAUACCGCCUGCUGUCUUUUCGCAGGAAAAAGUUCAUUCCGGACACAAACGAUUUGCGGAAAUUCUGGAACAGUGAAUAUUCCCGGGAAAAAAGACAACUUUAUUAUUACUGAUUAAGGCUGCUGCUGCUGCAGCUAUUAAGUAUGGUGCAGUGUGCGAAAUAAGCCUCGGGUAUAAUUUUGCCAAGUGCUUUGCCUGUCUAGGUUGCGCUGUUUCUACUAAAUACCUAUCGUAGAUUCGUCAAUCUCCAAGGAGAAAUAGGGCUCUGUAUACCCCGUCUUGCAGUCACAGGUCUGAGAGUCUUAAAUGCUAUAGGGGAAUUUUCAUAGUGGGUAAAUCACCUUCACACACAUCGCGUUCGCGUACCCAACGAAAGCUCUACUGUUUUAGCUGCGACAAAUCGAACACUAGUACAGAAUAGUAGUAAUCACAGCGCCUAAGAUUCUAAGAGUCUUUGUUUUCCCUCGAAAAAUUUAAUAUCGCAAAUGUAAUUGAAGGAAAUACAGCUUGUACAUGUAUUUUUAUGCUGCUAGGAGCAAUUUAGUCAGACACUAACAGCCCAUCGGCAGUGACUGUGUAUUCAGGUGCAUUGACAAGAUACUGAUUUUGGCAGAGCUCGUAGUAUAAGACCUCGAACCAUAUGGAGUGACGGUGAGAAAAAGAGCCAUUUAGUGUGAAUAUAUACUGUAGACUCAAACAGGCAGAACUAAACUGAAUGAGUGAGCGAGAAAUAUAAAUAACGUACAAUAUAUUUAUAGAAUUAAGUAUAUAAAUACAAAAAAAAAUAGAACGACAUUCUCAAUUCGAGGUUUGAAAAGCAUUAUUUGAGCAUAGCGUCAAUGAAACAAAUAAAAAGUUAAGUGAGCAAAAUGGAGUUUUGGAACUUAAAAUGUAUAGUGGAAGUCCUGAAGAUCUUUUUGACUGGAAGCAACUGUGAGGAUGUCGGGGAAGGCUUAAGUACGCUUAUAACAAGAACAUAUGGAGUCGACCAAGCAGGAAAAAGAAGAGGCUAUAAGAAAAAAACAAAGGUUUUCAAUAACCAAAGCCAAGGCAUUCGAAUAUCAACUAAGGAAUGAAACGUUUGAAUGAGCGGUCCGAUCUCGCCCUUAUAUGACUUCUGUGUCAAGAAAUCGUUAAGCCGAGGCCUAAAUCACAAAAAGAAAAUCUAUGUAAUGACUGAUACACGACGCCGGCGGCAGUAGAUGAUAGAAACAGAAUUAAUAGACAUUUUUGUCUGAGGAUAUGAAAAACCACAGAAAUACAUAGAGACUGGGGAGGCGCAAAGUGCACUGUUCGAGUGCAAGGAAAAACACGGGGAGUUAUGGAGAGGGGGAAGGUCUGUCAUGCAAUGAGUUUUAAGCGAACACUGACAAGAAAGACCGUACGAAAAACAGUAGUUGAAAAAAAUAAUGUUGACGAUAUUGACGAUGAUGCUCCGUAAUCGUUACCAACAGUUGCUCUACAUCCUUUGUGGUGUGAUUUGAUGGUUUUACGAUGGUGAUAAUGUUGAUAUUGAUUUCUAUGGUUUUCCGCAUCAAAAACAACAAACAAAAAAUGUAAUAAUAACAAGUUGAAAGUGGUUGAUUAAAAUAUAUAUUCUACAAGUAUAUUGAUGACUUUCGACGGUUGCUUACUCGAGCUAAAACAGACAACCGCAUAACGAUUCUAGCAAACAUUCUCACAAAAACACAGUCCUGUACUAACAAAUCUUCGUAGAAAUGGCAGCAACACAGCCAAAUUAAAUGUUGAUAUAACGACAACGACAGAAGCAGUGUAAGUACUUCAACAUCUAAGGAUACGAAUAUAAACUGAAUUGACAACAAACACGCAGUUCCACUAAGGACCUACAUCUAUUAAAGAUUAACACAGCGUAACGUCUUAAACGAUUGAAAAAACGAUCACAGAUGCACCAUUUAACGUACCAAAUACGUUAUUAGGAAUAUACUAAAUAAACGCAAAUGCAGAAGCGGCAAAAACAAAAAAAUGAUGCUGAAAAUACGAUGGAAACGAAACAAAACAAUGAUGAGGUAAUCGAAUAUAAAUCACUAACAUGACUUCCCUCCAUCAUAAUCAUCAUUCUAACAAAAAUAAGAUAAGGAUAAGAAACUAAUAACGAAAAAAGCUAGGAGAUUUAUCGUUGACCGGAUAGACGAGAUGAUUUGGAGUGCGUCGAGAUAGGUCGAACGCAUGAGGAGAAUGGCAACAAAUACGAUGCAGAAAUAUAGGCGCGUCUUGGGUGUUAACGUAAUGAGGCGUCAGAUGAGUUUUCGCUGGGACAGGGCAAGACUAGGUCGUGAAAGGAGGUAGGAUUUAAAACUAGUAAUGAAAGCAAAAAACGAUAACUAAAGGUGAAGAAUGACUAUAAUUAAGGGGUAUUGUGUUUUAGGAUGAAAUCAGGUGUACAACACUAUAAUGAUAAUAAUGACACGAAUAAAUAAUUGGCGAAUAAAAAUGGGCUGUUGUAAAAUGUGCCACGCGUCCAUAGAUGAGUAAAUGUGAUGGACACGUACGCACAGAUGUGCAUGGCGGGUUGCCGUCAACCAAUGAUCGAUGAUGACAAUUGUGAGCUCUCGGCAAACCACGGAGUGUGGAGUAACAAUAGGGAAUUCGGAACGGAAAAAUGGCACAUGAAGCUUGUGCUUGCUUCUAUUUCGCAUUUCACAUUCUGAUCCGAUCCAUGCUGCUAUAUCGAUCUGUAAUAUAGAGAAAUAUAAUGAGGAAUUAGGUAUUUGAAUGAGGAAGAAACGGCUUAUUAAUAAAAGCAUGUCAAGAUAAUUGCUCGGUUGCGCUAUAUACACCGGUCCCAGGCUCACCGUAAGAAUUCUAGCCAUGAUUCAGCCUAGUUCUUAAUAUUCACGUGUCGGUCGCUGUAUGAUGGGAAAAUACUUGAGGAAUCUUAAGGCUUGAAAUGGACGUCAGACCAGAAUCAUACCUGAACAUUAGCGAGGUUCAUUUCGGACUGUUUCUUAGCGCGUGUCUGUGGGAUAACUGGCCGCAUGGCACAAAAAUCAAAAGACAAUUUGGAGAACCACAAACGAAAACAAAUAACCUACUUGCCUUGAACGAUGAAACUCUUAGUGAGGAACGACAUUGAGUCAUAAAUUUAUACAGUUCAUGUAUACACAUAUAAACGUUCAUUAUUCAUUCUAUUAUUAUGUAUCCUAUACCAUUGGAUUAUGAUGAGGCGUUGACCACGGCAGGCUAAAGCAGUCAUCGGCGUCGCCGUCACUUCUGCUAUCACCGCCACGUGAAAGCCAUAAGACUUGGAUUUGAAACAAAAAUAUCAGUAAAUAGACGGGUGACAAUUAAAAGAACCAGCCAAUAAGGCGAGAUGAGCGGUAUAGUCUAUAGGGACCCGAAAAGGGGUGUGCGGGGUUAGUUAUGAAGUUGAGGAUAGGAAGACAAUUUUUGGAGCUACAGAUGUCGAUACAAAAAAUGUCUUAAAAGUUAGGCAAAUAGGUCGAGAUGAACGUAAAAUGUAGUGAACCGGAUUGAAAACUGGGUUUAGCAUGUAUUUGUGGCUUCUUUUUCCAUCGGUAGGCAAUCUUUUUCCAUCUUGGCCUGAAUUUUGUAUUAUACAUUAUAUAUAAAUAAAAUGGCAUCGGUUUGAGACAACAUUACGUACGAAAAUGAGGAGAUAGUUGUAUUCUGAACCUUGUAGUGUAGUUAAUGUACGCACGUUAGUACUAACGAAGACAGCAAAA